CUUGCUUUUCUUUCAUAUAUCAAGAUAUUAGUUUGUCUUGCUCUUACAUUUGCAAAGCUCAUACAAAAAUAUAAAGGAAAAAUCAUUUUUGAUUUUGAAGUCAGUGGAGGUGAAGGUGCAAAAAGUGUUGAGUGAAUAUAUAGAAAAGAAAAUUUUCGUUUGCAAAUAAUUAAAUCAAUUUGAACAGUGAUAUCAUAAUACAAAUAGUAAUUGAUUUGUGAAAUAGAGCGUUAGUGAAAAUGUCUGAAAAGAAACGUUCAAGACGCCGUAAGGAUGAGUACACAGGUCCUGGCGAACAGGAGGUUGAGAAACCUUCGAAAGAGGAAUUCAAGGUCGCCAAAUGGAUGAAAGCAAACGUCAAAUCAAAGAAAACGAAAUUCCUCAGCCACAAUGUGCAGUAUUUCAUAUCGAAUAAAGCGCUAGAUGCUUUGCUAAAGUCCAAAUUCGCACAAGGCGAUGAUGCACUCUUCACCACACGUGAACAGGCUAUUGAAUUUUUGGACGUGAUGUUGGAGCAUAAAUUUUUCCAUCGCGCCAAAAAAGUGCCCGUCUCGUUGGAGGAGAUGCGCGGCAGUGGGGCAGCUACAGGUAGCAAAACAACGAAAAACAAAAGUGAUGAAAAAGAGCAACAGCACAAGAAGAAGGAAAAGGAUGAGAAAAAAGAUACCGAAGCUGAAGCCGAAGCUAGCGGUGGUGGCAAUGGCGUUGGUGAUGGUAAUAUAAGCGCUGGUGCCGGCAGUGGUGGUGGCGGUGCAGUUGAGAAGAAAGAGAAGCGCAAGCGAAAAAUACGCUUGGACAUGCAUCAUGAACAGGUUUUUGUAGAUGGUUCUGAGCCGUACAUUUGGAUUUAUGACCCCAUACCUAUACACUAUUGGAUUUACGGUCUAAUCCUAUUGCUGGGCGCCAUACUGAUCUGUUUGUUCCCACUUUGGCCACCACUAUUGCGUAAAGGUGUUUACUAUUUGUCUGUGGCGGCGGCUGGAUUCCUCGUACUCAUAUUGACUUUGACAGUAAUACGGCUGAUUGUUUUCACACUCGUAUGGCUGGUGACUUAUGGAAAAUUGCAUUUCUGGCUAUUGCCGAAUUUAACUGAAGACGUGGGAUUCUUUGCAUCAUUUUGGCCGCUCUACGAAAGCAACUAUGUUGCUGAGGAAGAAAAAUCGAAAUCCUCGGAGAAGCGCAACAAGUCCAAAUCAAAGAAGAAAGAGAAGGAUAGCGAUGCCGAAGAAGACACGGCUCCCGAAGCGAUACCACUGGAACCGGAGAAGAUCGAAGAAGUGAAGGAACAUGACGCGGACAUCGAGCUACGUCGCCGCAAUAUAGCUGGCGAUAGCACUACAUGCGCCGAAGAGGCCGCGAGUAGCAGUGCUGUUGGUGCCGGUGAUAACAGCGAGGCGACCGCUGUGUCAGACGUUAAAGGCUCGCCCACUCCAUCUGAAUCAGAUUCGGAAAUCUCCGCCAAGGAUCAGUUUGAGAUCAUCAGUUCGAGUGAAGUGCAUAAUGUUAAUUAAUGAAAAUAAUAUAUACAUAUAUACAAAUUUAAUGCAAUUUACAUUUUUACAAAUAGACAAAAAAUAUACACUAUUAAGCUGAUUAAAAAAAAAUAUAUAUAUAAAUUGAAUUAUUUUUCGUUUUGCGACAAAUGCAGGCACUGAAAUAGCAAAAAUAUAUGAAAAUAUGAGAUUUUAUUAUAAUUAAUAAUCAAAACAAAAACAAAAAAAAAAUAAGUAUAUGCAUACACAAAUGAAAUCUCGGACGCAAAAUAGCAUUAAAGUUUAGCAUAUGAAACCAAAUAGGUGAAUUCAAAA